ACUCUCGACAAGCACAAUCACCAUCAUUUCUGCUCACCUCUAUCCCACCAACAACCCUCUUUCUAUCGAAAAGACGGCCACUCACCCCUCCGGAACGUACUAGUCUUUGAGAAAGGAAGUCAACGACACAAGCACCGUCAAAAUGUCUACAGAUCUCUGCCCCGUAUAUGCGCCCUUCUUCGGUGCCAUGGGCUGCACCUCUGCAAUCGUCUUCACCUGCUUCGGCGCCGCAUACGGGACUGCAAAGUCCGGCGUGGGUAUCUCAGCGAUGGGUGUCCUCCGACCAGAUUUGAUCGUCAAGAGUAUGCGACGCCAUUCAAAGAGGGGAUGGGCCACGAACUGACACAUAUUCCAGACAUUGUUCCCGUCAUUAUGGCUGGUAUCAUUGCUAUUUACGGUCUAGUCGUCUCAGUCUUGAUUUCGGCCGGCCUGUCACAAAAGGAGCCUCUGUUCACCAGCUUCAUUCAACUCGGUGCCGGUCUGUCCGUCGGUCUGGCCGGUCUUGCUGCUGGCUUCGCCAUCGGCAUUGUCGGUGACGCCGGUGUCCGAGGAACCGCCCAACAACCUCGACUUUUCGUCGGCAUGAUUCUCAUCCUCAUUUUCGCCGAAGUGUUGGGUCUUUACGGUCUGAUCGUUGCCUUGUUGAUGAACUCCAAGGCCUCGACCGAUGUCACCUGCUAGAUCAGGCCCGAGAAAAUAUUGGCUUGGACUCGAUGGCGGCUGCGAUGAAGCGCCACGGGACCACCGCGCACCAAUAUCGGAUCAGAACGGCUUACUAGACCUGAGAGAGAAUCAGACUCGGAAACUCUUUACGACAAGGCAUCCAGUUUCUGAGACUCGAAGGAACUUGUCGAAGCAAGUCAAACCGGGUAAAAAAGAGGAGAACCACAAAAAACCAAUUGAGAAAAUGUACCGAGCUGGGUGAACGGGAUCAGACCCUCCAGAUGAGGUUACUUUUUUUCGUGUAUGAAUGUCAUAGUUUAUCAGCACAAUCGACGAAGGUGGGCCAUGGAGGUGCCACGUUAUCGGGCACUGCAGUCGAGGAGGUGUCUGCAAUGCUUUUUAAAUCAUGUAUGUACACUUGUUCGGCACUGAAUUAGAUAAUGCUUUUCGUAAACAAA